UUGUGCCUUGGCAUCAGCAUCAGUCAAUUAUUGAUUGGCGCGUUCCUCGGGUAUAUAAAGGAGACGCAACCCUAGUUCGACUCCCUCCUCCUAAACGCCAUGAUGAGCUACGGAUCUGAUAUCUACUCUGCCUCCUCUUACCGGAAGAUUUUCGGGGACUCUCCCCGCUAUUCUUCCCCAUCCCGCAUGAUGAGCGGCAGCUCAUCGCGCAGUGGGACCAGUGGGUACCGGUCCCACUCCGCCUCCCGCAAUGGCGCGUCCUCCCUCACCUCUUACAAGAGGUCCGCGCGUCCUAACUACUCGAUGAUGCCGAUGGAAAACUUUGAUCUGUCUCAAAGUUCGGUUCUCAACAAUGAGUUCAAAAUCAUCCGCACCAACGAGAAAGAGCAGAUGCAGGGGCUCAACGACCGCUUUGCCAUGUUCAUCGACAAGGUCCGCACCCUCGAGCAGCAGAACAAGGUUCUGGAGACGGAGCUGGUGACGCUGCGCCAGCGGACGACCGAGCCGUCGCGCCUGGCUGAUCUCUAUCAACAGGAGAUCCGCGAACUGCGCUCCCAGGUCGAGGAGCUCAACGGCGAAAAGUCCCAGAUUCUGAUCGAGCGCGACAAUAUCGAGGACGACCUGCAGAAACUCAGGGGCAAGUACGAUGACGAGGUGAACAACCGGGAGCAGGCGGAGCAGACACUUAAGGUGUUCAAAAAGGAUGUGGACGACGCCACCAUGGUGCGCCUGGACCUGGAGAAGAAAGUGGAGUCUCUGCUGGACGAGAUCAACUUCCUCAGGAAAGUGCACGAAGAGGAGGUGGCGGAGCUGAUGAACAUGAUUCAGGCAGCGCAGGUGUCCGUGGAGAUGGAGGUAUCCAAGCCCGACCUCACCUCCGCGCUGAAAGAGAUCCGCGAGCAGUACGACUCCGUGGCGGCCAAGAACUUGACGUCGGCGGAAGAGUGGUACAAGUCCAAGUUUGCCGACCUGAGCGACCAGGCCACCCGCAGCAACGAGGCCAUCCGCGCUAGCCGCGAGGAGAUCAACGAGUUCCGUAGGCAGCUGCAGUCCAAGACCAUUGAGAUCGAGAGCAUGAGGGGAACCAACGAGUCCCUGGAAAGGCAGAUCAAUGAGAUGGAGGACAGGCACAACUCCGAAAUCAUGGGCUACCAGGACUCUGUUGGUCAGCUGGAGAAUGAACUCAGGACCACUAAGAGUGAGAUGUCCCGUCACCUGAGGGAGUACCAGGACUUACUGAAUGUCAAAAUGGCCCUGGAUAUUGAAAUUGCUGCAUACAGGAAACUGCUGGAGGGUGAGGAGACCCGCAUCAGCACGGGUAUCAACUUCCCCAUGCCUUCCUCCGGCUCGGGCAGCCAGAGCUACAGCUACCAGACCCGCAUGUACACCAGCGGCGGUGGCAGCUCCAGCAGGGGCAAGAAAGACAAGGACGAGGAGCAGCAGCAGCAGAGCCAGAGCAAGACCAGCAAGCAGGAGAUGUACGAGGAGUCCAUGGUCUCCAGCAAGAAGAUGGAGCAGCACGACACCACUGAUGUGAACGCCACCAGCCAGAAGAACUAAAAACACCCCGCCACCUUCUCUUUCCUCCCUUAUUCUGUCCUUUUUCUCGCUUCUCCCUCACUGUUCUCUAUCCCUUUCUCCUUCUUCCUCAGGGGUUGUCUCAGAGGGGAAUUCAGUGUGUACAAGUUCACUCUCCACUCACCAAGUACAAUAGUCUCUCUCUCUCUCUCUCUCUCUCUCUCUCUGUCUGUCUCUCUCUCUCUCUCUCUCGCUCUCCUAUAGUCUCUGAUAAAGGACGCCAGUCCGUGUAAGCAUUCUGCACUCUCCUGAACACCAAAUUCAGGAGGCACUUUGAGGUGUAGGAACAUACAGUACAACACUCUUACAGUCUUUCACUCACGGAGGCCCAAUGGGUCACGCCUCUGCGUAGAUGUCAAAUCUUAAGUGCACUGCCAACAGCCGCUAGAGUUACACACAUUCCAGAUGACACGACUCUGUAUUUGUGUGUGCACUUGUGAGACAAGCAUGUGCACGUGUGCAUCCCUGUGCACAAUGAUAUCAAGACGCUCGCUCGUUGUUCGGCUCGAUGAACACUUAAGGCCUUUUUGUCAGACUCACAAAAGCAAGAUAAUUCAGGAAAAAAAGCGAGUAACAGCUUAAAGCUUGACGUUUCUCCGAGGCUAUGUGUGAGCUAGUCUCCGCUGAGUUGUUAGUAGCACAUGUCAUUGUCAUCAAAAGUUAGGACACUAUUCGAGCUUGUGAACGUGACUUUGGCUGAGCCGCGAUUAGGCGGAUGAAGCCCUUCGACACAGAGGUGAGGUUGAUGACCACACCCUCCGAAGCACUUUCUAUAAAUGACGUGUCGUUGAUGAAGAACGGCCUUGCGGAUACACUAGUCUCAUCACUGCCAAACACAUCCGUCUCUUUGCCCCGGUCCGCUCUCCCUUCAGCAUGACAGUACUGAGUCGCAGUCAACGACUGGAAAGUAUAACUUUUCAAAGUCACCAAAAGGAACCAAAUCAUAAACACAUCAAAAUGGUUCCUAAAUAAACAGAAAUACAACAUCAAAAAAGACAAAUUCCUCUCCAAGAUUGCUCUUGGGUGCCAAUAAUGUGACCCUCUGCCCCUGUCCCCCCUUUAGGAUCUAGAGUAAAGCUAGCUAGACAUAUCCCAGCAUAGUAAUCAACUUUGCAUGAUAUAUAGCUCAUGUUUGCAUGGUGACUAUCACUGAGCCAUUCCACAUAUUCUCUAUCCCCGUUUAGGCCCAGAGAAGAUGCUAGGUUCUCUCCAUUCCCUCAUGGGCCCAUUCAUCUCAGUGUGUGCUUGUAGCUAGCCCGCUAGGCUAGGGUAGGCUAAGCUAGGCGUGAGAGUAAUGCUGUUUUACUAAGGAUGUGACUGCUUUCCACUAGGUUUAAUUGCCUUUUUUGUCACAAUGCUGCUGAGUGCUUGUGUGAUCAUGUUGAAAGUAUACUUAAAUUCAGGGCACUUAUUGUCGUCAGUGCGAGCACUAUGUCGUGCGGGCUUGACUAUCAAACAGGUGUUCGGUGCGUAAAAGACGGCAGGUGUCCUCGUGCCUACAAGGACACAGGUGUCGAGAUAGAAAGAGCGAGAGAAUGAUAGAAAUGAUGAAGUCAGAAUGGGAGAAAUGGGGUAAGGUGGAAGUUAAGAGAUCACAUGAGUUGUUCCAGAUGAGGCUAAAAAGUGAAUGUCCGUUAGCACAAUUGCAUGGGCUGCCAAUACCAACUGAAUGAAUUUGUAAAAAAAAAAAAAGAAAAACGAAAGAGAUCAAGAAACGAAAGCAAAAAAUCUUUGUCAAUUAGUCAGGGGCCACGUGUGGCAUAGAUUUGUAUGCACAACUAAAAAAAAACAACUACAAUGGGAUGCCUGAAGCACAUUCUGAAAAAUCAGACCAUCAGAAUCUCCACUCAGUAUGAAUGAGCUUUAGCACCAGAUUAUUUCAGUCAGAAAUUAAGCCAAAAAAAAAAAAACGACAACACACACUCAACGACGCACACACACCGUAUAAGUAGCAGCUUUUUUUCAUUUCUCUUCUGCACUGCCAGAUUACACACACACACACACUUUCUCUCUCUAGCCUUCUGCACAGGUCGUGGCGACAUGCCUUGAUGUGCUUCAGUCUUUUGCUGUAAACACGUGUUGAUUGUACUACAGGAAAACUGGUCCGCUCAGCACAGGACAGGCACUGGUUUUGGUGUCAGCUGGUACAGGAUGUUGAAGUGCGGGCACAUUUCCACUGUGACACCUGAUGGGCGAGUUGUUUAGCUUAUUUGUUUGUUUGUUUGUUUGUUUGUUUCGGGCAGGAAUUUCAGGCAAAUCUGGAAGUUUGCGCUGGCAUUCCUUUUUUUCCAGACAGGCUCCCUCCAGAACAGUUAUUCUGGCUGUGCAGCAAAUCUGGAUCUAAACGGCAAAAUCUAAAGAUCUUGAUGUAACGCCAUAUCAGUAAGAAAGGUCACAGGUCAAAGGGCAAACUAUAGGAAGCUUUUAUAAAAUGCCUAAUUAAGACUAUAAGCAACACCAAAAAGAACAACGACAGCAACAAAAACAAAAAAAAUAAGACACAAACAAACAAAGCAAGACUCCUACCGCACGCACUGCCAAAUAUUUUUGCAAUGCAUGUACGACCAACAUUCCUCAAAAAACAACCAAUAGUCCUUUUCAUUGUCAUCUCCACAACAAAAACCACACCGUCAUCCACAACGCAAGUCUGUGUACUGUUACUAUAGAAUGAAUGCUGUAGGGUUUCAAAUUGCCUUAAAACACCAGCCGCUCUUGAAUCUGGCAGUGUGUGUCGUGUAUGGUUCAGCUUCGGAUAUAUACACCCACCAUUUCUCUGUGUUGACCUUCUGCAUUAGAAUCUACCAUGCUAUCUGAAGUACAUUUGGGGAAAACAGUAAACCAUUGUAACUGAAUGUAGUUCAUACUAUCCUCUGACUCCAACUGCUGUAUGGCACAUAUCAAUAAAGACUUGAUAUUAUGAAGA